AUGGAUGAUAUAGACCAAUCAGAAAUAUAUGAUCCUUCCAUAAAUUCAUUCAGUCAAGUUGGUUCUGUUAUUGAUCAUCCUCUGUUCUUGCAAAGUGAGAUACAAGGUUGCCUUGAUGUUGGUGACCCUAACUAUGAAUGUUCAAUUUGUGGCGCGUGUUUUUGGUUAUUAGAACGUGUUGAAAGAGAUUCUACGGUUAAUCGUCCUAUUUUUACUGUUUGUUGCUCAAAGGGAAAAAUUCAGUUACCUUAUCUCCAAAAGUCCUCAGAUCUGUUAUAUGAUUUGAUCAAUGGACAUGAUAGCAAGAGUUUGUACUUCCAAAAAAAUAUUCGAUCUUAUAAUAGUAUGUUUGCCUUCACAUCUCUUGGCAGUAAGGUAUUGGAUUCAGUGAAUGAUGAGAGGGGUCCACCACAGUUUAUAAUAAGUGGUCAAAAUUAUCAUCGGAUUGGAAGUUUGCUCCCAGAUGCUGGUGAGAAGCCUAAAUUUGCGCAGUUAUACGUAUACGACACUCAGCAUGAGAUAAUGCAUAGGCAGCAAAUUUUUGGGCAAACAUCUGAGAUAGAUAAAGAAUUGAUAACUAAGUUGUUGCAAAUGAUCGAUAUCCAUAAUGUCAUAGCACAGUCUUUUCGAAGAGUUAAAGAAUUCUAUGAGUGUCAUCCAUCUGAGAUUUUCUCAUUGAAGUUGUAUUCGCAACGGAACGUUGAUCGAAGAAUGUAUAGUGCUCCCUCUUGCGAUGAAGUUGCUGCUUUGAUUGUUGGAGAUUUUGAUUCGUCGGACCAUGGUCGUGACAUUAUUGUUCGAUCUACUGGUGGUUGGUUGCAACGUAUAUAUGAAACUCAUGCUCUAUAUUGGCCCUUACAGUAUCCUCUGUUGUUUCCAUAUGGCGAGGAUGGUUAUCAGCUAAACAUUGGUUAUCGAGGUCAACAGCUUGGAUAUGUUCCUGGAAGGAGAACAAGAGUUUCCCUCAGGGAAUUCAUAUGUUUACGUCUCCAGAUUAGGGAACACGAAGAUGGAAUUAUUCACAAGUGUAGGCGGUUGUUUCAACAAUUUGUUGUUGAUUGUUUCACCAUGAUUGAGUCCCAGAGGUUGUAUGAGAUUAGAAUGAAGCAAAGUACAAUUAGAGGAGAAGUCCUUCAAGGAAUAGAGGAGGCUAUGCGUCGUGGCGAUGACGAGGCUUCUUCAAUUGGGACACGAAUCAUUUUGCCUUCUUCCUUCACUGGUGGUAGACGUUAUAUGUUUAACCGUUGUCAGAAUGCCAUGCGGUUCACGGAGCGAGAGCGAAUUCCAAUCGCUGAUCGUCCUGAUAUCUCUUGUCGUGUCUUUCAUGCCAAGUUGAAGUGCCUCCUUAGUGAUCUCAAGGAAGGUGUGUUUUUUGGUCCACUUAAUGCAGGUAUGUAUACUAUUGAGUUCCAAAAAAGAGGUCUACCGUAUGCACAUAUGUUACUCUGGCUUAACGGGGAAAGCAACUUACAAAGUGUUGAAAUUGUUGAUGAAUUCAUCUGUGCCGAGCUACCCAAUCCCCAGAAAUUUCCAUCUCUUUAUAAUGUCGUCACCAAGUACAUGAUCCAUGGUCCCUGUGGUCCACUUAGACCGAGUUCUCCUUGCAUGAAAGAUGGUAAGUGCUCAAAAUUUUAUCCGAAAAGAUUCGUUGACCAAACGAGCUUUGAUGAAGAUGGCUAUCCAAUAUAUAGACGUCGUAAUAUGGGUGUCACAGUGAAGAUCAACGAUGUCGAUAUCGACAACAGAUUUGUUGUGCCCUAUAAUCCACUGUUGUUAAUGAAAUAUCAGGCUCACAUAAAUCUCGAGUUCUGUAACAAGUCAAACGUGAUUAAGUAUCUAUUUAAGUAUGUUAACAAGGGUCCGGAUCGGGUGACCGCAACUGUUGGAGAAAGAUAUGAUGUUGGUGAAUCUUCUCAGGUGGUUGAUGAGAUCAAACAGUAUUACGAUUGUCGUUAUUUGUCACCGUCUGAAUCCAUGUGGAGAAUUUUUGCUUACGAUAUUUAUCAAAGAUGGCCGUCGGUACAGAGGUUGACUUUUCACUUGCCUAACCAGCAACAUGUUGUAUUCGAUGAUGCUGAUAUCACUACUCAUGUUUAUUUGCGCAACAAAGAUUUGCUGACGAUGUUUACGGGUUGGAUGAUGGCCAACAGGCGGUUCUCGGAAGGGCGGUCUCUAACAUAUAUUGAAUAUCCAGGCAAAUUUGUCUAUUGUUUGAGGAGCAGGGAGUGGAAGCCAAGACAGAGGGGAUUCUCAAUUGGAAGAUUGAGUUUUGCUCAUCCCUCAUCUGGUGAACUUUUCUACAUGCGGAUGCUUUUGAAUGUUCAAAGAGGUUGUACCAGCUUUCGAAGAAUAAGAACCGUGAAUGGUGUUACUUAUGAUACAUUUCAAGAGGCAUGUUCCGCCAUGGGAUUCUUGAUAGAUGAUAAGGAGUAUGUUUCUGCUAUUAAGGAAGUCGCCGAGUUAGCGUCAGCUGCACAGCUAAGGAGGCUUUUUGUGAUGUUGCUGUUAUCUGGUUCCAUGGGAAGACCUUUGUUAGUUUGGGAGCAAACUUGGACUUAUUUGUCUGAUGAUAUUCUUUACCGCAGAAGACACGAGCUGCAAUAUCCUGAUCUAACUAUGAGUCAGGACGAGUUACAAACAUUUUGUUUGUUGGAGAUUGAGAGACUAUUGCAGAGUAAUGGAAAAUCAUUGAGAAAUUAUGCUGGCAUGCCGGUUCCUAAUAACUCUUUAGUCUCUCAAUUUAGCAAUUUGAUGCUGUUGCGUGAGUUGUUUGGUGGCACUGGAAAAACUUUUUUAUACAGAGUUUUGUCAGCUAGAUUGCGAUCUGAGAAAAAGAUUGUUAUAAAUGUUGCUUCUAGUGGUAUUGCUUCUUUGUUGUUACCUGGUGGUAAGACGGCGCAUUCUAUGUUCAAUAUUCCUGUUGACCUGACUGAAGACACUGUUUGCCAGAUUAAGAAGGACAGUCCAAAAGCUGAGGUAUUUCGAUUGGCCGAUUUUAUUUUUUGGGAUGAGGCACCAAUGACUAACAAAUUAGCAUUUGAAGCGCUUGAUAGGACGUUGCGUGAUAUAAUGGUUUCAAACUCUGAUAGGAAUAAAGAUUUACCUUUUGGUGGGAAGGUGGUCGUUCUGGGUGGUGAUUUCAGGCAGGUCUUGCCAGUUAUUCCAAAAGGUUCGCGUGCUGAGAUUGUCAUGGCUUCCAUAAAUUCUUCUAUCAUUUGGAAAUAUUGCGAAGUUUUGCAAUUGACAAAAAAUAUGAGGUUAGCAAUCGGAUCGGAACAAUCAACUGCUCAGGAGUUAAGGUCGUUUUCAGAUUGGAUACUUCAAAUUGGUGAAGGUCGAUGUGGAACAGUGGUCAACGAUAAACUUUUUGUUGAUAUUCCUUCUAAUCUAAUCAUUCCUGUCUUGGAAAAUCCAGUGGAAGAUAUUAAUUUUUGUGAUCCAAGUUUUUUCCAAGAUAGGGCAAUACUCGCUCCGACUGUCGACAAUGUUGAAGAGAUAAACAAUUAUAUAGUUGACUUGUUGCCCGGUGAGGAGAAAAAUUAUCUCAGUGCUGAUUCGAUAUGUGGUAGUGAUGCCUAUUCUGAUGUUGAUGUUGAUUGGAUAACUGUUGAAUUCUUGAAUCAGAUUAGGUGUUCUGGUCUACCUAAUCAUUUGUUGAAGUUGAAAAUAGGCGUGCCUAUUAUUUUGUUGAGGAAUAUUGAUCCAGCUGGGGGUUUGUGUAAUGGGACUCGACUUGUUAUGCGAGAUCUAGGGACAAAUGUGAUCGGUGCCGAUAUUGUUUCUGGUAGCAAUGUUGGGGAUAAAGUUUUUAUCACUAGAAUGAAUAUGAUUCCUAGUGAUACGGUUAUACCCUUUAAAUUCCAACGUCGUCAAUUUCCGGUUUCUUUGUUGUUUGCAAUGACAAUCAACAAAAGCCAGGGUCAGACAUUAUCAACAGUCGGAUUGUUCUUGCGUUGUCCUGUGUUUUCUCACGGUCAGCUUUAUGUAGCUCUUUCCCGAGUUAGGAAUAGAAAUGGUCUUAAGAUUUUACUUUGUGAUGAAGGAUUAGUUGAUGCUGCCAGGACUGAAAACGUUGUAUUUAAGAAAGUGUUUGAUAAGAUAUAA